ACGCUCUUUUCCGAAAAUGCUUUUAACGGAAACUUUUCCAUUAAAAGCAUUUCCGGAAAAUCAUGCCAGUCUAGACAUAGCCCCCUAGUGCAGAGCCCCUUAUGUAGAUGUGGAAGACCUGGUAUUGUGCACCAGAAAAAGGGCAGUUAGCAGAGAAGCAAUUCUAUCUAAGAGUAGGUUUUAAUUUUAAACAUAAUUAUCAGAACAAGUAAAAGUUGUCCUCUUCUUUUAGAUUUGUUGAACUUUUACAAACCAGAUGGGCAAAAUUUUAUAAGAGAACUUAACUUUACUCAAAAGCCUGUUUUUUUAAAAGCAGUAAUGACCAACACAAAGAACAUUUUUGGAAGAUUACUAACUGAAAGAGGAGUAGAUGGCGUGAAAUGUACAGGAAAGCAAGACACAUUGAUCUGUCAAGUAACAUGAGGCUCUGGAUCUGAGGGUUCGUCCUGAUUGCACCUGCUUCUGGCUACUCAAAUUACAUUACAUUGUAGAGGCAAACUAAUCCGAUGCUUUCCUGUCAGUGUUGUGUAGGAGUCCAAAUCUUGGUGUAGGUUUGAACCCAGAAUUUUCUGGCCAGCAGUGCUACAAACUGAAUGAAUUCAUUCUUUUGUUCUUUCUUUCACAUAGCAGCAAAUGGUUUGGAAGAAUAUGAUGCUCCAGAUAGUAUUUUUCUUCCAAAUGGAGUAGAUCUUCGCGAAGUUACUAUUUUGCCAAGGGCAGAAUGGGUGAGGAUUCAAGACAGUGUUGACAGUGCAGCUAGAGAAGCAGCACGGAUUCAUGCAGAGAGGAAAGAACGGACAGAUAUGCACUUACGUUCCAAAGCAGUUGUGAAAAACUGGCCCAACACCAUUGCAGGCCAGGCAAAGAGGAAACUUAAAGCCAGAAAAUUGCGAGAAGAAAAGGAAGAGGAAGAAAGAAAACAACUUGAUCUGGAGGAAGCACAGUUUCAAGCAGCAAAGCGGAAGGAGGCCAUAGAACAGGCCAAAACUUAUCAAUAUUAUCAGAAUGAGAGAGUGAAAGGGUUACAUAGAGAACUUUUACUUACUGAGGUCCUAAAGGAAAGAGAUGCUCAGAUUGAAUUUAAAAAGACAAAGCCAGAUAUUUACAAAAAAAAGGAAGAAGAAAUGGAACGUGAGCGUGAAAAAGCUAUUCUUAAAGAGCAGGAAAAGGCAUAUGAACGCUAUAUGAAUCGACAGGCACUUUGCAGAGAUCAUCUGGAACAAAUAAAGGAACAUAAGCACCAGGCAGAAUUAGACAAACUAGAAGCAAAAAAAGAAAGUGACGAGAUUCAAAGACUGACCAAGUUAUAUGCAUUAGAAGUACAGAGAGAAAAUGAAAAGAAACUGGAGGAAAAACUUGAACAUAGGAAGAUGCAUCUUGAGCAUGUUGCUGACCAGGAUAUUCUUAAAGCUGUACAAGAGCAAAAACAAGAAGAAGAAAAUGAGAAAAUUCGAGCUCACUUCAAAGCAAAACAAAAUAUGGCCAAACUGAGAAGAGAAAAAGAAGCUCAAAUGAACAGGUUAAUGCAGGAACGUAGGGAUAUUAUUACUAACCGUCUAGUUGCACAGAUGAAACAGACAUUCGAAAAUAUAGAUGAACGUGUUGCUAGAGUUGUUGCUGAGAAAGAAGCUGAGUGGGAAAAAGAGCGCAAAGAAAAAGAAGAAAAAAACAAAGCUGAAUUGAAGUCAAUUGCAGAACACAGAGCCACUGUGAUAAAAAUGAGAGAAGAGCAAGAGAGGGAAGCAAGAUUAAAGGGUAAAGAAAAACUUCGUGAACUAAUGGAAGCAGACCGCAUCUAUCUGGAAAUGGAGAAAGAGAAGAAACAAAGAAAUCGCAGUGAAAACAUAAAAAUGCAAGAUAUUCAAAUCCAGCAAAUGGCUGAAAAACGGGCAACAGAACAUCAUGAAAAACAGACAGAAUUGGACUAUGAGGCCCAAAAAGAAAUUAUUGCAGUUUGCAAGGAGCAGGAAUUUCAAGCAUAUGCAAAGCAAGUAAUUGAUUCAGAAUCCAAAACAGCUCGAAAUAUUUAUCCUUUACUCAAAGCAGCAAAGGAAGGGGCAGGUGGUGGCCAUGGACCAGUUUACAGAGAAAGAGGAGGAAUAAGACCUAGUUACCAAGCUCGGGAUAUCAAUGGCACUCAGCUACCUUCUUAUAAUUGUAACACUACUGAAGAAAUAAAAGAACUAAAUUCCUAUGAUAACAUCCAGCAAGGUAAAGGAAGACUAGGUUUUACAUGGUAAAAAAUAACUCUUUGGAGUCUUUACAAAAACAAGUCAAAUUAACUGGUAAAUGAUCCAUGUUGUAUGAAACCCAUGAAAGGAACUAUAAAGCCAUAAGUGCUUUACCAAAAAGUUGAGAGGAAUCCAAGUGUAUUUUCUUAAAUAUUAAAAAUUGUAUGUUACUAAAGUUACUAUGUUAAAUCAGAUAUACAGACAGAACCGAAUGAUGUACUAUUCAUUACUUUGCUUUAUAUAAGGUUCAUAAAAUAAGAUUUUUGUUUCAUUUUUGUAAGUUUCAAACUCAGUCUUUUAAGCUGCACUUGAAUACACUAUAAAGUGUUCCAUUUGACUUCUUGCAUUAUUAUAUUCAGUGAGUGCUAAGGAAAAAUAUUACCCUCAAAGGAUACCAAAUAUGUUUCAAGAGUGUAGGAAAUACAUGAGAAACAAAUACUAAGUAAGGGUAUGUCUCCACUACAACGUUAUUUCGAAAUAAGCUAUUUCAAAAUAGUUAAUUCGAAAUAGCUUAUUUCAAAAUAAC